AUACUUUAUUUUCUUUUCAACUGAAAAUAAUCUUAAAAAAAGAAAAAGAAAAAAGAAAAAAGAAAAAAGAGAAAAAGGAGGACACCAGUGCAAAGUGUAUACCACUUCAGCUUGACAAACCCCUUUUUGUUCCAGGGUUUAUAACAGACCACUGAGAAUCAAACCCCGUCACUCUCUUUCUCUGUGGGGGGCAAGAUGGCCGAUAUAGAAACCGAUUCAAUAGUCUCUCUCAUCACUUCACUGUUGAACAGCUUCCGGCAAGUUCCUCCGGCGGCUAUUCCGGCGAUGAUAGACUGCGUCAUAGCUUCAACAAGCUUAUCUCCAUCCUCUGUUCUAUCUUUGCUCUUCAAUGCUUUCCCUAAUCUCACAAAGGAUAUUAUGAAGGAGAGUGGAAAGUUGGAUUCGGAGGAUUCUAAUUAUAUUGGGUCGAUUGUGGCUGCAUUCUGCUGCCUUCUAAAGAAAUCUGGGGCUAACACUGGUGCUUUGCAAUUGUUUAUUUGGAAAUUUUUUAUUCCACUGAUGAAGUUGGUACAUGAUUAUAAUCUUGAAAUACUUAAUGAGAUUGUAGAAUCAUUCUUUGAUGUUGUGAUUGGAACAAACACCUGGGUGGUUGUGGAGGUAACAUUGGUGCCUUUUUUUCUGAGAUUGGUUGGUUUAUCAAUGGGGAUGCUUCAUAGUGAAGAUUUGGCUAUUUACAAAUGGAGUAGGCAUUCUGCCCCCCUGGGUUUUGAUGACCAGCUAAAUGAGUUGGACAUGGAUGAAGAGUUCAUGCUGUCUAAAUCUGUAUCUUUUCCAUUGCGUGUAUCAUGCCAUAUUUUAACCUCUAUAUUGAAUGCUGCUCUACUAAGUCAACAUGCAGCAGGAAGCAUCUCAGAAUCUAUUUUAGUAAACGGGUCUUCUGCAGAAACAAUAUCUGGAAAUUUGCUUUGGGAUCUUUGUAAUAUGACUAUUAGAAUGCUUUCACAAGAUUCAGAACACAGAUCUGCUGCAAUGGGCCUUCUCCUGCCAACCAUAUUCAAAGCAUUUGUUUCGAACUGCUCAUUUGAAAUCUCAACUCAUGGGCAGACAUAUAUUCUUUCCAGGAAUCAUUUAUUUACGGAAAUAUGGAAGUGCUGCAGAAUACUGUUUUCUUUGGGACCUUUGGAGAGAAAAGAUGCAUAUGGUGUGUUAUCUCUGCAUUUAUCUUUUUUCUCUUACAUCAGUGGAUGUGAAGAUGUAGGUAUGGGUGAAAGAGAUGGCGGAUUUGAUCUAAGAGCAGAGAAGGAAUUUUGGGAAGAAAUUAAAAGAGGCUUGGUUGAUAAGGAAGGCUUAGUGAGGAAGCAUUCGUUACACAUACUAAAGAUGGCACUGCACAUAAAUGAGGGAAGCCAAUGCUAUAAUGGUGUUUCAGAAACAAUAUCCAGUGGGAAAGAUUCAGCCCCUUUAAUAACAAAGAGGGAGAUGUGGGCUGACAAAGAAGCCAAGUCAUUGGGCGUAGGGAAAAUAUGCCAUUCAGCUGAAUCCUCUUUGAAUAGUCAGCAGAAAUGGGGGGCAUUCUUACUUCUCUAUGAAAUGCUUGAAGAGUAUGGUACUCACUUGGUUGAAGCAGCAUGGAAUCGCCAGAUAACCUUGUUGCUUCAUUUAUCUUUCCCACAUGAUAACUCCAUGAACUCUAUUACUGGGGAAUUUUAUCAAAAUCAGAUGGAUAUGUUGGGAGGAAUAUUUAUUUGGUUAGCUGUUUUGUGGGAGCGGGGAUUUUGUCACCAUAAUCCUCAAGUAAGGUGCUUGAUUAUGCAGUCAUUUUUGGGCAUUGAAUGGAAGACCUAUGGAAAUAAUGCAAAAUUAGUGCCUGAAGAGUUUGUGAUUGGUCCGCUUAUAGAAGGGUUGAAUGAUCCUGUGCACCACAAAGAUUUUGGAAUAAAAGGAGUUUACUCUUCAAGGACAAUUCAAGGUGCAACCAAAUUUUUAUGCCACUAUACUACUGACCUAAGUCCAAGGAAACGUAUAGCAUUUUUGAACAAUCUAGCAUCUGUUGCUAAACAACAAUCUUUUGGGCGAGCUGGAUUGAUGUGCUUUGCAGAAUGCAUUGCUUCAGCUGCUUGUGGGGUUCAAACUGACAAUGGCAAUGAAGUGGAAUGCUGUAAAGGUGCUUUCCCUGAUAUGGUCCAAGUAGAAUCUGAUCCAGGAAGUUCUUCUCACAGUGCAAAAACAGAUUUAGUGGAGGAUUUGAGAUAUGUUAUUGAGACCAGCAAACGACAUUUCAAUUCUAAUUAUCGUCUUCGAGUUUGUGAGAAAGUGCUGGAGGCUGCUGCUUCAGUAAUAUGUGCAUCUGAGUUAUCUCUUGAGAUUCUUCUGCACUUUAUUUCGAUUCUGCCGCGGGAGUUUACUGAUUAUGGUGGUUCAUUGAGAAUAAAAGUACACAAAUGGCUUUUGGCGUGUGGUGAGAAGCACCGUCUAUCUAAUUUCUGUUGUCCUAAGGUGCAACUUUUGAAGAAUAUAUGUGAUUUCCCUAGAAAUUUUACAAGUCAUGAUCAUUCACUCAGUGGUUCUGGUACUUUUGAUGACGAAGACUUGGAUGCUUGGGCAUUUGAGGCAGAAAGAUGGGCAAGAGUUCUAUUCCUUGUUAUCAAGGGGGAACAUCAUAUAGAUCCUAUAUUGACGUUCAUUAAAAAUCAUGGUGUUGAUGGCAAACGAACCAAGCAUUUGGAGUGGGUACCUGUGAGGUUUCUCAUCCUUGUCUUGAGUUUAAUUCAAGAACUUCAAAUAAUUCAAGAGCGAAUGGCUGUCUGUGGUAUAAAACGAAGAACCAGAUUGGAACUUGGAUUGCCUGAGAUAGUGGAUCAUUUGAGUUCUGCAGAAGCUUCCGUAGUUGUGGAGAAUUUUACCGAAUUAUUAUUUUCUAUAUUGGAGGAACUCAUCUCAUUUGCGAGAUCUUCUAGUUUAAUUUUCUGGUCCAAUAUGGUGGAUGACACAUUUCUGCCAUGUUCCAUUAGAGGAAAGCUUGGAGGCCCAAGUCAGCGUCGAUUGUCGUCGUCCACCACUACUGCUGUGCUUCAAGCUAUAACAUCUGUGAAGGUUGUCGCGUCCAUCUCAUUGUGGUGUUCAAAGUUUAGAAGUGAUGUUCUGCUGAAUUUUGCUUUCAAUUUUCUGUGGCAAUUCUUCUGGAAGAUUGUUUCAUCUUCAAAAUAUGAUUCAGAGACUGAAGCUGAAAUCUUUCUAGCGUCGUAUGAAGCAUUAGCUUAUGUUUCAAAAGCCCUUGCGUCCACGUUCUCUUCCUUUUCCUUGAAUCUUCUUAUGGAAAAUGAUAAACCAUCAACACCAGUUGCAGAGAGCAGACCUUUGCUGGAUUCCUUGGUUAUAACUUUUCUUCAAAACAUCAAUAAUCUAAUUGCAGUUGGAAAACUGGUGCGAAGUCGAAGGGCAAUUUUGAUUAAUUGGAAGUGGAUCUGCAUGGAGUCUCUGUUGUCAAUUCCUACUUCUGCUCUCAUGAAUGGAGUUCGUCUAGAAAGUGGUUAUUCUUUCUUCUCCGAUGCUACGGUCAGAUGGAUUUUUAGUGACCUUGUUGAUAGCCUUGAGAAUGCUGGGGAAGGGUCUGUUUUGCACAUGCUCAGAUCCGUCAGAUUGGUAUUAGAGCUGUUUGCCUCAGGAAAAACGGGUCCAGUUCUGUCCUCAUGUAAUGGCGUGGAUGCCCAGAUGAUGUGGCAUUUGGUUCGUGCUUCUUGGAUAUUGCAUAUCAGCUGCAACAAGCGUAGGGUUGCACCUAUUGCUGCACUUUUGUCUUCUGUCCUGCAUUAUUCAGUUUUUGUUUCUGAGUGCAUGCAUGAAACUGACAAUGCUCCUGGGCCAGUAAAGUGGUUUGUUGAAAAAAUCCUCGAGGAAGGAACAAAAAGUCCGCGUACUAUUCGUCUCGCAGCGCUACAUUUAACAGGUCUGUGGCUGUCUACUCCAAGGACCAUAAAGUACUACAUGAAAGAAUUGAAGCUAUUAACACUCUAUGGUUCUGUUGCAUUUGAUGAGGAUUUUGAAGCUGAAAUAGCUGACAAUCAUGAUGCCAGGAGUGAAUUAUCAGCAUUGGGCAAAAGCCCGGACCCGGAAUUGACUGAAGCAUUCAUCAAUACAGAGUUGUAUGCGCGUGUAUCUGUUGCUGUUCUGUUUAACAAGCUAGCAGACUUGGCCGAUAUGGUGGGAUCUGAUGAAAAUGAAAACUGCUUUCCUGCCCUUGAAUCUGGCAAACUGUUUCUGCUUGAGCUUCUUGAUUCUGUGGUAAAUGACAAUGAUCUUGCAAAGGAAUUGUAUAAAAAGUAUAGUGGGAUCCAUAGGCGCAAAGUUCGGGCAUGGCAAAUGAUAUGCAUUUUGGCACGAUUUAUUGACCAAGAUAUCUUGCAGAGAGUUAUACAUAGCUUGCACAUUGCUCUACAUAGAAACAACUUGCCAGCUGUUCGCCAAUACUUGGAAACGUUUGCAAUCCAUAUGUACUUGAAGUUUCCAUCACUGGUUGGGGAGCAUUUGGUUCCUGUUUUACGAGAUUAUGAUAUGAGGCCUCAAGCACUCUCUUCAUAUGUAUUUAUAGCAGCUAAUGUCAUUCUCCAUUCAACUGAAGCGGUUCAAUCUAGGCGUUUGGAUGAAUUGCUUCCUCCUAUAAUUCCAUUGUUAACCUCACAUCAUCACAGUUUACGUGGUUUUACCCAGUUGCUAGUGUACCAAGUUCUUCACAAAGUGUUGCCCCCUCUGGAUUCUAGUACCUCUGAAAUCAUGCCUUUAGAGAAAAGGUGCUUUGAAGAUUUGAAAUUAUACUUGGGGAAAAACUCUGAUUGUGCUCGAUUACGGGCAUCAAUGGAAGGUUAUCUUGAUGCUUUUAAUCCCAGAGACUCUGUUACUCCUGCUGGAAUUUUCGCCAAUCGGGUAGAAGAAGAUGAGUUUGAAUGUGUUUCAAUCUCCCUCAUGGAUCAAGUUAUCGCCUUUCUUAAUGAUGUUAGGGAAGACCUUAGAUGUUCAAUGGCCAAGGAUGCAGUGAAUAUUAAGAAUGAGAGCUUAAGAAUUGAUGAUCUCAACUGCAUGGAAGUAUCGGUGAAUUCAAGCAAAGAGCUGCCCAAAGAAGUAUUAAUGGAUUUUCAGAAAAAAAUUACCUUCUCCAAACAUGAGGCUGGAGACACCUAUUCCAAUUUUUUCUCAGGCAGCAAUGAAACAUACAAACGACUUAUGGAAAUGCAAAAGGAAGAUCAGCUUCUUGAUCAGUUGUUACAUUCAAGAAGUCUAGCUAUGGAAAAGUUAAGAGCAAGUCGACAAGAUUUUAUCCUCGUAGCAUCACUACUUGAUCGUAUACCUAACCUUGCUGGAUUAGCACGGACAUGCGAGGUUUUUAAAGCAGCUGGUUUAGCCAUUGCGGAUGCGAAUAUACUACAUGACAAGCAGUUUCAACUCAUCAGUGUGACAGCAGAGAAGUGGGUUCCCAUUAUAGAAGUCCCAGUAAGUUCUGUGAAAAUUUUCUUGGAGAAAAAGAAGCGAGAGGGUUUCUCCAUCUUGGGUUUAGAGCAAACGGCAAACAGCAUACCUCUUGAUCAGUAUAGCUUUCCUAAAAAGACGGUCCUGGUUCUUGGCCGUGAAAAGGAGGGUAUACCCGUGGAGCUAAUUCACAUUCUGGAUGCUUGUAUUGAAAUCCCACAGUUGGGAGUUGUUAGGUCUCUCAAUGUCCAUGUUAGCGGCGCCAUAGCGCUCUGGGAGUAUACUCGGCAGCAAAUAUCCAGAUAGCCCUGUAUUCUCAACAUGAGAUUCUAUUUUAACUGAAUACAACACUCCUCUUGAUCAGUGUAUCUUUCCUAAAAAGAGGGUCGUGGUUCUUGGCCGUGAAAAGGAGGGUAUACCAGCGGAGAUAAUCCAUCCACAUUAUUAAAAUCUCACGAUUGGGAGUUGUUAGGUUACUCAAGGUUCAUGUUUGUGGUGCCAUAUUCAGCAACAAAGGAUCCCUUAUAGCCCUGUAUUCUCAACAUGAGAUUGUAUUUUAACAGAACACAAAGGGAGCUUACCCAUUUAAAUUACUUAGCUGUCUAACUUUUAAUCAUGAAUCACAGAGUAGGGACUUGGUUAUCCCAUGUAAUUUCACACACACAGAAGGUCCUUAUUCUUUCUUUUGCAUUUUAUGUUUUGUUUAAAACAAGUGGAAUGUGGCUAUGCUUGAGGAAGAACCUAAUGAUAUUUCAUGCUUUACUAGUUCAAGC